UCGGUAUUUUCAUUGAACAAAUAAUAGAUGUUUUAAUGAUUCCAGAAUUAUUUAUUAAAAAUAAUUGUAGUAAAACUUGUGUUGAAUAAGCUGUUUUUUACGCUACUUAUUUGAUAUAAGAAGUUGGUAGAAACUAAUAUCAAAUCGUUUAAAAGUGUGAGUGAUUGAUAAAAAGUCUUGUGAAGUCUGUUGUGUUUUAAUAGAAUAUAUCGCGUUUCCGAUUUGAUAUGGUUUAAGUAAAUGCAUAUUGUUUGAUUAAAUUUGGAUUGAAGACAACAAGAUAUAACUCGAAAAUUUUUCCUGUGCUUCAUCGAGUUAAUUUGUCAACAUGAAUGAUGGUAACGAGGAUCGUCGAAUUAAAAGUGACAAUUCACCUUUAAUGGAAGCUGCAAUCGCUGGACAUGUCGAUAUUGUAAAUUUACUUAUAAACCACGGUGCUGAAAUAAAUGCUCAUUCAACAUCAGGAAAUACACCACUUAUGUAUGGUUGUGCUGGUGGUCACGUGAAAGUUGUUGAAGCUCUAUUAAAUGCAGGUGCAAACGUUGAAGAUCACAACGAAAAUGGUCAUACGCCUCUAAUGGAAGCUGCGAGUGCUGGUCACGUACCUGUUGCUGAAAUUUUACUUAAAUUUGGUGCUGGUAUCAACACUCAUUCAAAUGAGUUCAAAGAAUCUGCCCUAACCUUGGCCUGUUACAAAGGACAUCUAAAAAUGGUCAAAUUUUUAUUAGAUGCUGGAGCCGAUCAGGAACAUAAAACUGAUGAAAUGCAUACAGCUUUAAUGGAAGCUUCUAUGGAUGGUCAUGUGGAAGUAGCACGUUUACUGCUGGAUUCUGGAGCGCAAGUAAACAUGCCGACUGACAGUUUUGAAUCUCCAUUAACACUUGCUGCCUGUGGAGGACACGUGGAUCUCGCAUUAUUAUUAAUAGAGCGAGGAGCUAAUAUAGAGGAAGUUAAUGAUGAAGGUUACACGCCCUUAAUGGAAGCAUCGAGAGAAGGACAUGAAGAAAUGGUUGCACUGCUAUUAAGUCAAGGUGCAAACAUUAAUGCUCAAACUGAGGAAACUCAAGAAACAGCUCUCACUUUGGCUUGCUGUGGUGGAUUUUUAGAAGUAGUCGAUUUUUUAGUUAAAGCAGGUGCUGAUAUUGAGUUAGGGGCAUCAACACCUUUGAUGGAAGCUUCGCAAGAAGGGCAUUUAGAUAUUGUUCGAUAUCUCUUAGAAUUGAACGCCAAUGUACAUGCUCAAACGCAAACAGGUGAUACAGCCCUAACUUAUGCCUGUGAAAAUGGUCACACCGAUGUUGCAGAGUUAUUAUUAGGAUAUGGAGCAGACUUGGAACAUGAAUCUGAAGGUGGAAGAACGCCGUUAAUGAAAGCAUGUCGAGCAGGACAUCUAUGUACGGUACAAUUUUUAGUAAAUCAACAUGCAAAUGUGAAUCGUCAAACUACCAGUAACGAUCACACCUCCUUAUCUCUUGCUUGCGCUGGAGGACAUCUUUCUGUUGUGGAACUUCUACUUUCUGAAGCAGCUAAUCCUUCACAUCGACUCAAAGAUAAUUCUACAAUGCUGAUAGAAGCGGCGAAAGGAGGUCAUACUAAUGUUGUUAAGUUAUUACUCGAUUACCCUCACAGUAUAAUGAUACCUUCAGAACAGAAUGGUACGUCGACGAAAAUUCAAAAGACACUCAAUUCGCAAGAGUUUUAUGACAAUCCAGAGGAUAAACAACCAAGUCCACCUUUGCAGUAUCAAUUAUCUGAACCUAUCUUUUUAUCAUCUUGCACAAAUAGUGUUACUAAUGAGAAUCAAGAUAUUUAUUUCAUGGAGGAACAGUCCAACCAUUCUUUUUUAUGCAACGAUCAUUCUGCUAAUACUAUGGAAAGUAGUUUCGAUGAAACUAAAACCCACGAUGAUAAAUAUUUGACAGAAUUAUUUGAUGCCAAUACUCGUAUGAUACACACUGUCAGAAAGAAUAUUACUGAACUAAAAUUAAGUUCAAAACAAGAACAGACAUUUUCAGAUUCAGAAGAAAAAGAUAUUUUAAUGAAUAAUGGUUUGAAAAAAACUGCGGAUGAAAUUCCACGCAGAAAACCACUAAGCUUAGAUAAAACGGAAAUGAUGCACUCUGUUUCAGAACAUGAUUACAAUGCAGACUUGAAAUAUUCGGAAAAUUAUUCUUCGAAUUCGCGAGAUAGCGAAAUUCAACGAUCACCAAUAGAGUAUUAUAAUGAAUAUAAAGCAAAGGAGGCAUAUUUAAAAGGGCUUCAAGAGGGUUUAAGGGUUGGAAAACAACGUAUUUUAAAUGAAGCAAAUCUACAAGAAGAUAUAUCCCACUCAACGCAAACAUCCUUGGUUGAAAACGUAUUUCCUAGUAACCAAUGUCAUGCAAGAUUAUGUUCGACUGAUAUUCCGGAAGAACACAGAAUGAAAAUUAAAACAAGAAAUGAUGUGAAAUUAGCCCAAAAAAAUGUUCAUGAAAUGGUCAUUGAUAAAUUACAACAACAGCAUCUGUCAUUAAUGUCAGGAUUAUCUUCGGAUGACUUUCGAAAAUUUCUUGAGAGAACUCAACCACAUUGCGUUCAACAAGUUCACCAAUUAAAAAUUUUAAAUCAACAAUUACAAAUUCAACUUGAACAAACUCAGAAAAAUACACCAGAUUCACAUUCUAAGAAUAUUCAGUGCGAAGCUUCAUGUUCAUUUCUUCAAACAAUGCACAAUGAUAACAAAGAUAUUCAAAUUUCUUUAGAAAAAGCAAUAAAUAUGUUCGAAUCAAUACAUUUCGAAAAAGCUGAUAGUGGUAUUUUAUCUACAGCAGAAAGGAUUGUAGACAAUAAAUUCUACGAAAAUGAAACUUUACCAGUUCCAUCAUGUACUAAAUAUGAUCAAAUAAUUGAUUUAGACGAUAAAAUUAUUUCAAAUUAUUCUAUGUCAGAGCAACCAAGUGUUUCUACAAAUUGUAAUCUAUCUUUUGAAUCAUGCUAUAAAACUCCACACACGCAAAAAGAUAGUGAGCUCACAACUGACAACUACGUAAAUGAAGCAACCCCGGACGAGAAAAUAGUACAGUAUCAUGCUACAAAAGAUCAAAUAGCAUGUGAAAACCAGACUAUAGCCCCAAUUCAAACAAUGCCAUUAAAUAGUAUAGAAGUUGAUUCAGAAACGGAUAGUAAUCACGACACAGCUUUAACUUUGGCAUGUGCUGGAGGUCAUGAAGAAUUAGUCGGUUUAUUGUUGAACAGAGGGGCUGAAAUAGAACAUAGAGACAAAAAAGGAUUUACUCCACUCAUAUUAGCUGCCACCGCUGGACACCAAAAAGUAGUCGAAAUUUUGCUCAACCAUGGUGCUGAUUUAGAGGCGCAGUCAGAACGAACUAAAGAUACUUCACUUUCCUUAGCUUGUAGUGGAGGCAGAUAUGAAGUUGUAGAUAUUUUACUAAAUAAAGGAGCCAAUAAAGAACAUCGAAAUGUGUCAGAUUAUACUCCUUUAAGUUUAGCUGCCAGUGGAGGCUACGUUAAUAUUAUUAAACUAUUAUUGAGCCAUGGAGCUGAAAUAAAUUCUCGAACUGGUUCUAAAUUGGGAAUCUCACCUCUCAUGUUGGCUGCCAUGAAUGGUCAUACAAGCGCAGUUAAACUUCUCCUUGAUAUGGGAAGUGAUAUAAAUGCACAAAUUGAAACAAAUCGAAAUACGGCACUAACUUUGGCAUGUUUUCAAGGACGUCAUGAGGUCGUCAGUUUGCUAUUAGAUCGCAAAGCCAACAUCGAACACAGAGCAAAGACGGGAUUGACUCCAUUGAUGGAAGCAGCCAGUGGAGGUUACAUUGAGGUCGGAAAAGUGUUGAUAAGUAAAGGAGCUGAUGUUAAUGCUACUCCAGUCCCUUCGUCAAGAGAUACAGCUCUUACAAUUGCUGCUGAUAAAGGUCAUAACCGAUUUGUUGAACUAUUAUUGCAGAGUAACGCUUUGGUAGAAGUUAAGAAUAAAAAAGGGAAUAGUCCACUUUGGCUUGCCGCAAAUGGUGGACAUUUGAGCGUUAUAGAUGUACUAUUUCAUGCUGGUGCUGAUAUUGAUUCGCAAGAUCAAAGAAAGGUAUCUUGUUUGAUGGCAGCUUUCAGGAAAGGACAUGUCAAAAUAGUAAAAUGGAUGGUUAACCAUGUUUCCCAAUUUCCUAGUGAUCAAGAAAUGACCAGAUACAUUUCGACUAUAAACGAUAAAGAAUUGUUGGGCAAAUGCCAUGACUGUGUAAAAAUAAUAAGAGCAGCUAAAGAAACUCAAGCUGCUAAGGCUAAUAAAAAUGCAACAAUUUUAUUAGAAGAACUUGAUAUGGAAAAAACAAGAGAAGAAUCUAAAAAAGCUGCAGCAGCUCGAAAAAGAGAACGUAAAAAGAAGAAGAAAUUAGAAAAAAAUAUAGAAAGACAAAAAUUAAAAAAUGAAGUCUUUGGAGGCGUUAUAAACGAGGACAAGUCUUCAGCCGAAAAUAAAGUUAAAUGUGCAGAUAAAAACGAUUAUAAUAUUGUUAGAUCGACAGAAGAGCCGAAAACUUCCAUAAUGAAAAAUUCUAAUGAUGAAAUUACGGAAAAUUUGGAUAAAAAGAAUACUAGUCAAGUAUUAUCAAACCAAGAGACAAAUGAAGAACUUGAACCAUUGCCUAGCUCAAUUCCUGCCUUCAGUAAAUUAAAAAAGAAGCGUAUGAGUAAUACAACAGUGCCAAUGACAACUCAAAAAGAUAAUUCUAAUGUAUCUUAUAUCAGGAAUCCAGCCAAUAGAGAUGAUUUUGAAGCAACCGGUAAUGACUUCUCAACAUCGAAAAGUGAUAUAAAUAAUUCAUUUGAGUUUGAUUCGGCAUUUGAUGAUGGAUUUGAUGUAACAAAUAACUUACAAAAUAUUAAUCAAUCGAAUGACGGAUGGAGAGAAGUUGUACGAAAAGGUCAAACGGAAGAUUCAGGGAAACAUUUAAGCUCAACAGUGCGUGUAAAGAAAGUGUCAGUACCGCCUGUGGCAAUCAGUCGAGUGAUAGGUAGAGGUGGUAAUAAUAUAAAUACGAUACGUAACUCAACUGGAGCUUGUAUUGAAAUAGACAAACAAAGCAAAAUUUGUGGGGAAAGAACAAUAACUAUAAAGGGAGAUUCUCAUUCAUUAAAGCAAGCUUAUGAUCUUGUUACACUUUUGGUUAAUAAUCAAGAUAUGGAUUUACCUGCUACGGUAUCGAAAUCAAAAUCCCAUGGCUGUAUGGCUCCAACUUCAAUUGAAAAAAAUGUUACAGCUUCUACUGUUAACAAAUCAAAGGCUUCGUCUCUAAAAUCUUCUGGACUAGUUAAUGUUACUUCAUCACAAACAACUAAGCAAGGGGCAAACUACUCUUGUAGCAAUUCUACUAACUUGGUUAAUUCUUCAUCUGCCCGUUUACUAGGAAGCGUUAAAGUUACAGGAAUGCCUGCUAUGAAUGAUCCAACAUUGAAACAAUUGAGUUCUUCUGAAAAAAUAGGAUCUACUCGACAUACGAAUUCUUUAACUAAAACAACUAUGUCAUACACCACAGCUAUUAUGACAGAAAGUCGUAAAACUAAAACCACUUCAAUUGCAUCAUCGCAAACUUUUGCUGAAAAACUUUCUGAAAAUUCUACAGGCUUGUCAUUUUCGGAUGAACGUAAAAAUACAAAACCAAGCAAUUUUAAGCAUACUUCUAAAAUACAAGUUUCAAGUUCUGAAUGGGUUCCAAACGUAUUUUUUUCGUCACCAAGUAACGAUAAUGUUAAUAAGUUGGUCGAACCUAAUUUUACAUCUUCAAGUAAUUCACGCUCUAUGCCAUCAUCUCACAUAAAUAAAAACUUAGAACUAACAGAUUCUCAUAAUAACUUCGUAAAAAACCAUAAAACAUUACUUCUAAAGGAAUCUAGUCCAAAUCAUCCUAAUGAUUCAAUGUCAAAUAUCAAUGAUAAGAAUCUUUUUUCUGGUGAUUUUCCGAGAACUAAUAUGAAAUCAUUAGUUCAAAACUCUAUCUCGAAAACAAAUGAAUUACAAGAAUAUUCUUUAUUUGAUGACACAUACAAUAAAAUAGCUCAGCAGUCAAUGUGGAAUAAUAAAACAUUGGAACAUCCAGAAAAUUUUGCGGUGACAAAAAAUGCUUCAAACCCCACUAAUCCAGUGUACUUUACAUCUGAACAAUUUUCAAACUUUGAGACCCUGAAUGUGGAUGUGGCAAAAGCUCCCGGUUAUCGUGGUGCAGUCAUUAAUUCUCCUGAAAGGAAUAAAAACUUUUUUAUUGAUGAAACUUCUAAUUGUUCAAUGAUGCCAAUCAUGUUAAAUGUAACAUCUAAAUGCUCACCUAAUCAGUCAUUGAACUUAGAAUCCCACAAAAAUAGUAUCAGAACUUCUUUAAAUCCAGUAACACCUACUUAUUCAUCUCGCAAAGAUCAAGAUAAAAAUAGUUCAAGCAUAGAUCGGAUGACCACUCCAAGGUUUUCAGAAAUUGUUAAUCAAGAUUUUAUAGAAACUGAAAAAUUUAACAAUUUAUUAUCAAUUAAUAAAUCAGAAUACGUAUUAAGUGAAACCAAGAAUGAAUCUUACGAAAGAAAGAAAGUGAAUCCAGCAGUUCAAACAGUUAUGUUAGAAGAGGACUUGAAUUUAAAUAAAUCAACAUUAAAUAUGCCUAAUCAAUUCACUAAUCACUCCAUGAGUGAGAUUCCAUCAAAAUUUAUAAUAGAAUCUAAAAGUUCUCAAAUAAAUCCAAAAACAGUUGAUUUUAACAAUUGUCUCAAUAUAAAUAAUCAAUCACACAAAUCAAUUUUCAAAUCUGUUUCAUCUUUGUCUUCCGAAUCAUAUGAUAACGCAUCGCUCCAAACAAACGUACCUGCAAUUCAUUCUUCUAAUACUGUUGACCAACCCGUUUAUAAUUACUGCAAAUAUCCAGUAUUGGCACAAGAACAACUUUUAACUGAAAAAAAUACUAGUAAUAUUUCGAAUUGGACUUUCAUACCUUCUCAACAACAUCAAUUAAGUCAACAUUCUUCGCUCAAUCAAUCUGAACGUAGUGAUUGUUUAUCUUUAAUGCAAUCUUGUAACGCAAACAGAAAAAGUUUUGAAAACAAUGUUUCAAUGAACUCAAUUAUUUCUUCCACGUCUUUACAAAAUGAUGAAAAUUGUGAAAUUCGAGAAAAUAGAAAUGAUGAUAAAAAAAUUCCUCGUCCUAUUGGUACGGAAAGAUCGUGGAAAAUGUAUCAUCCUAUUGUAGGAUCGACUGGGGAUAAGGAUUCCGUAAAUUGGAUGCCAAAUAAUAAUGCUUCAUCAAAUUCUUGGAUAGAUCAUCCAAAUAAAAAUGACAGUCAAUUCUCUUCUGAUUCCAGUUAUACAUUGAUGAAAAAAUAAAAAUUUUACCAGUAAAUAAGCACGACGAUCACACAAGGGAUGAUCAUGGAAAUCACUUGUUGUGGAAUGCAAAUAGAUGAUUCAAAAUGUGUCUUGAAGAACAUAAUAUCUCUUCGAUAGUUAUUUAAAUGGAUUAGCAAUAUUUGUUAUUAUUCUCACAAUUUUUACGGUCAUCUUUUAGUAAAAUUCAAUUCAAGUUUGAAAAUCAAGACGAAAAAUAAUAACCUUUAAUGAAAAUAAAUACGCUUAAUACUCAA